AUGCAGAAGGUCCUCACCGAGUUCCUGGCGCUGGACCAGGACGAAGAAGACGCCUUUUUUUCGCCCUUCGCCGGGGCUUCAGACGAGCGCUGGGCGCCAGCGCACGAGAGCGCUCGCUUCCCGAGCCCGGAGGAGACGCGCCGGAGCUUCAGCAACAAGGCGCAAAGCGCCGUGUCCGUGGCAGUGGAACAGCAGCUGGGGGUGCAUUGUGAGGACGUUGAGCAGGCCAUUGAGACCUUCGUUUCCGAGUAUCGGGCAAAACGGGAGAGUUACUUGUACGGCGAGACUGUUGCUGGCUUACUGCGAGGUUUGCCCGCUGCACCGCAUUUGACGGGUGCCGCCCAGCCUCGGGCCAACAAGGCGGAUUUCCUGGAGGUUCUCCGAAAUAUGGCGGACCACUCCCAGAAGGCCAAGGACCUCGACAAACAAGACAGCGCCUUGCUGGCCUUGGCAAGCAAGAUGCCGUCGCUUACUGGCACUCACACGCAGACGCAGGACUUCGCCAAAAAGGUCUACGAAGAGUACCGGGCGAAGACCUGUCCGGUCAGCGAUGCCUACCGCCGCUUCGAGGAGCGAACGAAAGACGUGUCCCUCGGUGCCUGGUUGUCUGUUGAUGUCCUCUUCUUUGCGGCAGAGCACUGCCUGGAGGACUUUGCCGCCGAGGCGCCGGCUGCAAAGGAGGGCCUCGAGGCGGUUCAUUUUUUCAACUCGCAGCAAACCGAUUCGCCAACCGUGCUCCCGGCGGAAGAACUUCGAGGCCGAAAGGAGUUCUUCAGGGUCGAAAUCGCGAUACGUUUCAUCGAAAACGGCCUCUUCGAGUUCUAUGGAAAAACGAAACAGAGGAAGGAGUUCUUCAGGAUCGAAAUCGUGUUACGUUUCUUCGAAAACAGCCUCUUCGAUCAAGGCGACGUGCGCCUGUUCCUUAACAGCCUCAUCGUGCGUCAAGACAGACCCGAAAGAGGGCACAACGGUUUCGUGCCUCCAGAGCCGAUGUUCCAGCUGCAAGUGGACCUCGCUGACAUGACAGCUUUCGCCCAAGGUCCGUACAAGUACAUGCUCGUAGCGAUCGACACUUUCAGCAAGAAGCUAACAGCAGUACCAAUGGCCAACAAAGACGCCGCCACAGCAUCCAGAGCAUGGGAUAAAGUUGUCAAGGAUCUCGGCAUACCGCUAACGGUUUACAGCGACGACGGCAGCGAGUUUAAGCGUGAAUUCAAACAGAAGCUGGACUACUUCGACAUCGACAAAGUGGUGACUAGGGGCCACGCCACGGUGGCCGAACGAGCCAUCAGGACCCUCAAAGAAGCACUCAUCCGCAGGCUUUCAGAAGGAGUGGGCAGAAGGAAUCAAUGGCAUCUCCUGCUACCCGAUAUCCUAGCGCAGUACAACGAAAACCCCCACUCAACCACAGGCUUCGCUCCAGACAAAGUGUAUGACGAUCAUGAAACCGCAGACGAGGCCUUGACCAGGAUGAAGCGCAACGUCAGGAUGAAUGCCGGAGCGAGGCCUCAAAUAGCGGUGGGAGAUUUAGUUCGGGUUAGGGUUAAACCUAUCGAGAGUAGGGGCACUUACAGAGUUACGGAAGUAGCCUGGAGCGAACGUGUCUACACAGUCGCCAGAAUCGAAAACACAGACGGCGGACCCUACUUCUUCCUCGAGGGCUGGACCGGAGAUAAGCUCGUGCGACGAGACCUGAGGAAGGUGGACUCCGAGGAUCAAAGACGCAGAUUCCCCAUGCAGUCGAAAGAGCAGCGCGGAAGACAAGCAGCCCAAAACCGCAGACUACCUGCCCCAGGUCCUAUCGCUCCACCCUGA